AUGAUCCACCGCCGCCGCCGCCGCCCUUCCCAGCCCCCCGCCUCGCCGGCGGUAGCGCCUCUCACCCCGCUGGACGACGAAGACCUUCUCACAGAGAUCCUCAUCCGCCUCCCUCCCCUGCCAUCCUCCCUCCCGCGCGCCUCACUCGCCUGCAAGCGGUGGCGCUGCCUCAUCACGGACCGCGUCUUCCUCCGCCGCUUCCGCGCCCACCAGCACCGGAAACCCCCGCUCCUGGGCUAUUUCGUCGGGGCAGCCAUCUUCACCCCCACGCUAGAUCCGCCCGACCGCAUCCCCAGCGCGCGCUUCCACUCUCCACAGAUCCACAAGGAGCGCUGGGUCUUCUGCGGCUGCCGCCACGGCCUCGCCCUCAGCUUCAACGUGGACCGCCUCCACGCCGUCGUGUGGGAUCCCCUCACAGGCCGCCGGCGCCACGUGGCUUUCCCGCCGGAGUUCGACAACGACCGGGAGAACAUCGUCAGGAGCGCCGCGGUGCUCUGCGCCUCCCGCGAAAAAGGCCAUGUGCACGGCGAUUGCCAUUCGAGCCCGUUCAAGCUGGUCUUGGCGCGCACCGACACGGACCGCACACGUGCAUUCUUUUGCCUCUACGAAUCAGAGCGCAACGCAUGGGGAAAUAUCAUCUCAACAGCAAUUUCAUUCAAACAUGGCAUCAGCUCGUUGAUUCCAAGCGUCCUGGUUGGGAAUGCACUUUACUGGCUGAUUGGUGUAAACUGCAUCCUGGAAUUUGAUUUGGAAAAGCAGAGCCUUGUUGUGAUGGACCAGCUGGUAGAUACCCAUGUAACUGACUACUACAGCUUUCAGAUCUUGAGGACAGAGGAUAACGGACUAGGCCUCGCCGUUACAUCAGGAUUGAGCAUUCAGCUAUGGGAGAGGAAGUCUAGCUCUGAUGGUGUUAUGCGAUGGGUACUGGCCAAAACCCUUCAACUGGACAGCCUCCUUGAGCUAAAACCUGGAAUGGAGAAGCAAGCAGGCACCAUUAUAUUGGGGCAUGAUGAGUAUAGCAAUGCCAUCUUUGUAUCUAUUUCCACUAGUGUUUUCUUGAUCCAACUUGAGUCGCUGCAGUACAAGAAGGUUGUCGAAAACCACACUUACCGUUUGCUCACCACCUAUUAUCCCUACACAAAUUUCUAUGCUACAGGCAGUGCAAUUUCUGGUGUAGAUGAGGAAGCUGAAAUGUUGAACAACACAUGACCUGAUAGUCCCAUUAGAUCCGCUAACGCGCGUAUUGUCUGGUUAACAAACGAUGUGAUGGGAGUUAACUUGACAGCGUGGUGCAAUUCCUUUCCAUUUUUUUGGCAUGUGAUGACUGAUCCUACCAUCUUCCAUUGUCAUCUCUGAAGUGAAACAGAGACGAAAUAGUACAUCUGGCCUGGUGGAAUUCAGUGGUCACAAAACCUGUAGAAUUUAACUCUUCCAUAAUAAGUGUCGCUGAUUCAGUACAUUCAGUACAACUUCGUACUAAAUUAGCAAAACUUAAUAUGGAUCGGAGGGAGUAAUUGAUUCAUGGACCAUGCUCUACUUUGAGAGACUAAAGACUUGUAUAAUUUAACUGGUUUGCUGACAUUAUGCAGUUUUAUUACUUACGUA